UGCCGCACCGGGAGAUACAAUUAAAAAAAAAAUUAUGUCAGGCCAUCAUCAUCAUCGUAGUGGUGGUCAGCUAUUGCUACCUGAGCUGCCCGACGAACUUGAAUUGCGAUCGGCUACUCCGCAUACCGAUGGACAGCCAUUUAUGGCUGUAUGUGCCCGACAAACAUUGAAAAUGGGCACAAUAUUUGGUCCCUAUCUCGGAAAGAUACAUAAGGAUCGCAUAUCGACAUCAUUGAGCUGGAAGGUAACCGAUAGGACGGGUACAUUUACGGCAUGGCUAGAGCUACUGGACUUGAAUGCCAUCCAAUGGAUAACAUGUAUUAGAAAAGCCGAAUUGGCUACCAAUAGAAACGCCAUACUAUUGCUGUUUAGAGGACAGCUAUACAUUGAACUGACACGAGAGGUGAAUAAAGGCUGUGAACUACAGUUACUAUCGACGGAUGUCCUACUAAAACAUGAAGACCCGACAAACGAUACCGAAAAGAGAGCCGAAAAAGCCACCGACUAUUUAAGACUACCGGAGCGCGUAGAUCAUCAACAAUCACUACAACAACCACCACACCAUCAUCUUCACCAUCAACUACAACAACAACAACAACAGCAACCACUUCACGUAGAAACUAGUGUUGUUAAGCGUCAUCAUCAUCACCACAAUAACCAUCACCACCACCACCAACAACAACAACAAGUUUCGCCUAUUGAAGCGGACGAGGAGGAGGAGGAACAACAGGUCUCGCCAUCGUUUAUAUCGUACAACGGCGAAGACGAUAGCGGAGGCGGUGAUCGUGAAUACAAGUGCAACCAGUGUCCGAAAGUAUUCAAUUGGAAAUCCAAUCUAAUCCGCCAUCAGGUGGCCCACGACGACAGCCGCCGCUAUACGUGCGAAAAUUGUAAGAAAGUAUUUACCGAUCCGUCAAAUCUUCAGCGACACAUCCGCAGCCAGCAUAUCGGUGCCCGUAGUCACGCCUGUCCUGAUUGUGGCAAAACAUUUGCUACCAGUUCCGGCCUCAAACAGCACACCCAUAUCCACAGUAGUGUCAAACCGUUUCGCUGUGAGGUCUGUUUCAAGGCUUACACCCAGUUUUCCAAUCUUUGCCGCCAUAAGCGUAUGCACGCAAACUGUCGGCUACAGAUCAAGUGUAAUAAGUGUGGUCAGGCAUUCAGUACGGUUACCUCACUGUCCAAACAUAAACGUUUUUGCGAAGGUAGUUCAGCAGCCGCUACCGCCGGUGGUCGUGUCCGACAUCAAACAGCAGCGUCAUCAUCAUCGCCGCUAUCGUCGCCCAACAACAACCACCAUCAGAGAGGAUCGAUAGCCGGUCUACUAAAUCUAUCGUCACCGGGCCUAUCGUCGCCGGACAGUAACAGUGCGGCCAUCAGAAAAGCAGCCGCCGCCGUCGCAACCGACCCGUCGUCAAUAGCCGCAGCUCUAGCCGAAGCCCAGAGUGCCGUUGCCGCCGCCAAUAAUCCGUUUUUAUCGGCAUUUCAAACGCGACCCGGAUUUCCAUUUUAUCCGCCGUUUUUUGCCACAUCGUUUCCCGGCCUAUUUCCGGCCAGUGCUAAUCUACCGCCUCCACCGUUACCGCUACCGCUACCACCAUCAGCAGCCCUGCUGACCAGUCCUCUAGCCGUCAACAAUUCGGCAACAAGUAUUGGCUGUAAUAGCGAUAGUUUUUUAUCGCCAACCGGUAGUUUUAAUAAUAAUAAUAAUAUCGACGGCAACAGUAGUAGUAAUAAUAAUAAACAGUCUACUAGUGCACAGAGUGGACAGGUAUUAUCAGACGAAUCACCCGAUAGUAAGGAUCGUCUGAAUACUAGAAGAGAACAACUGUUAUCUUUGAGUGAAUUUCAUAGGAAACCCAUUGAUUCAGUCGCCGACACUAACCUAGAGGGUCUAACCAAAAACAAACAGUUGUCCCAAUCAAGCGAAAGCUUAGCCACUGAUCUGUCUGAAGAACGUACCUCCGAUUUAGAGGACGUCGACGCAGACGAAGAGCUAACUGAGGAGGAAGAAGAAGAAGAAGACGACGAGGAGGAGGAAGAAGAGGUUGCCAUCACUGGUGACGACAGUGACAACUCAGACGCCGAAGUUGUUGAUCGUCGCAAAAAAGAGGACAAACAGCUAACAAAAGCUGAUACCGAAAAAACAGACGAAAUAAUCACUGACGACACUAACAAACAGGAGAUCCAACAAAACAAAAAAGACGACAACAACGAUAUGUCUGGCAAUCGCGAGUCAUCGCCAAAACAGGGAGCCAUUUGUCCCGUUCAGAUGAUUUCGGCUAACGGCUAUAUACGGCCGCUGUCGCUAAUGGUCGACCAUUUGCACAGCGAAUUGCCGUUCGAUUUGUCCCGUCAUAGCGGCGGUAAAUCGCAUGGCGUCGGCGGACGUCGGCCACUGCUCGAAGAUUCGCCCGAAUUUAAGUCCAAAGUGCGCGAAGAGGCUGCCGACGAACCGCUUGAUUUGAGCGUCAAAACUAUUAGCCCGAAAAAGGACAGCCAUAAUAAUAAUAAUAAUCAUAAUCACCACAACCAUCACCACAAUGGCAACAACAAUCAUCACCGCAAUCAUAAUAAUAACAAUAAUCAUCAUCAGCAUCACCACAAUGGCAACAGUUUGUCGCCUCAUUCGGCUCUACAGGCAAUGGGCAACAACUACGAGGAACUGUUGGCCCGACACCGGGCUAUGCUGUUGGCAGCGGAAGAAAAGUCUCGCCAAUCGUCGCCGACCAGCGGUCACAUGUUUAACAACAACCACCACAACAACAACAACAAUCAGAAUCAUAGUCCCAAAUCGAUUGACCAGCACUUUCAGCGGCCACUGUCGCCAUCGAAAUUGUUGGCCUAUCCCCGGCCCAUACAUCCAAUGCUAUUGGAAAGUAUGUAUCGCAUGCAAGUUGAACAACAACAACAACAACAACAACAACUCCACAAUAAGACAACAACACCGACAGCUCCGGCAUUUCCAAUGUUUGGCGGUAAUCACCACAACAAUCACAACAACGAACAGCACCACAAUCACCAUAAUAAUAAUAAUAAUAGCCGACUGUCCGCUGGUGGAGUCGGUUCGCAAGCAGCCUUUCCGGCAUUUCCCGCCGCCCGCUAUCCGAUGGGUCUGAAUCCGGCACUGUUGGGCACUACACCGGCUGCCGCAGCCCAGGCAACGUUUGACUUUAUGCGCGCCCAUAUGUCCGACAAACUGAAACCCCAACAACAACAACAGCCCCACAACCACCACCAGGAGCUGAUGUCGCCCCAAAUGAUCAAAGCCAAGGAACGAUAUACCUGUAAGUUUUGCGGUAAAGUUUUCCCCCGAUCGGCCAACUUGACCCGUCAUCUGAGGACACAUACCGGUGAACAGCCAUACAAAUGCAAAUACUGCGAACGAUCGUUCAGUAUAUCAUCCAAUCUUCAGCGCCACGUCCGCAACAUUCAUAAUAAAGAAAAGCCGUUUAAGUGUCCGCUGUGUGACCGGUGUUUCGGACAGCAAACCAAUUUGGAUCGUCAUCUGAAAAAACAUGAAUCAGAUGGACCUACUAUUAUGGACAGUCCGACGACUAAGCUGGGAGCCAAUGGUGGCGGAGAUAGCAAACAACAAUUGGUGUCGUCAACAGAGGAACAGUAUUUCAAUGAAAUUCGCAACUUUAUGGGCAAAGUUACCGACCGAUCGAUGGCCGACAAGGCUUUCCGUGCACUAAUGGGAUCGCCAAACGGUGUAGCCGUUGUCAACAACAAGUUGUUGCUUAACAAUAACAACGGCAACCAUAACCACAACAAUCGUUCGUCGGUUUCGCCGAAAACCAACGGCACCGCCGAUGACACCAACGAAACCAUUGCCGACGAAGACUUAUCGGACGAUUUGGACGACUCUAACGCAGCCAACACUACACCCAACAAAAAAUUGCGGCUCCAGUCGGACACUUCAAGUCUAAUUGAAGAAGAAGAAGACGUCGUAAUGAGCGAAGAUGCCGACGAUAUGGACGCCAUGGAUUCGGCCACCGAUGAGGAAUCACUGGCCGUUACGUCCGAUAAUACUGUCGGCAACAGUAGUCCUGUAGCUUUGCUAACGACGUCAGGCGGCAAAGUCGUUGUCGUCGAUCAGCCGAUCAGUUCGCAGAGUCCGCCAAUCGGUAGCCGAACCCGGGCUAACAUAUCGUCAGUAGUGGCCUGUCUGUCGAAGAAAGCCCAACAAAAGCUAAAUAACAAUAAUGGCUGUUCGGUAGUGACCAAUGUUAACGGCGGCGGCGGCGGCGGCGAGUGCUAG